CCUACUGCUCGCCGUGGGGAGAAAAGUGGACAAGUCUGAUUUCUCAAUUUCUCACUCACUCAUUCGCUCACCCAUACUCUCACUUUCUCCUGGUUUCCUCAGUCUUAAAUCCAGUCUCUGAUAAUUGGAAACUGCCAAAUAAAUAUCUAAAGUCAUUCCAGGAGGGAUAACGACGAAGAAGAAGAAGAGUCCAAGUGUUUUUAUUGAUUUGUUAUAUUACUGGUGGCUGACAUCGAUAUCAUAAUUGUGGUUCCUUUCCCCUCGUAAUCUUUCGUCAGGAUAUUGCAGUCAAUCUUUGGGAGUGGAGGUGGACACGGAUGAUCGAGAAUCUAUACGGUCAGAAAGAACACGGAAGUUGUUAAUGAGAAAAUAGAAUUGAGUUUUUAUACACCGGAAGUACUAUAAGCUGUUGAAAGAACAAAGUUAACGAAGUACAUUAAUCGAGGGACAAUACAUCAUGGCGGAUGAAGCGCAACAAGAUGGUAAAGUUGAUGGGGAUGAAAAUAGUGUGGCCGAUAAACCCCCACAGGACCCUCUGAUUGUCAAGGAUGACAUAUUUUAUCGCAUUUCCAAAGACGACGAGUCUGGCGUUACUGAAUUUUUAACUAAAGAUAAGAAACUGGUCAAUUCCUUGGAUGAGCAUGGCAUGACCCCAUUGCAACAUGCGGCAUACAAAGGGAAUAAGUCAAUGUGCCAAAUGCUUUUUGAUUAUGGUGCUGAUGUCAAUGGCGGUCGUCAUAAUAAUGGUUACACAGCCCUUCAUUUCGCUGCGCUGUCUGGAAACGCAUAUCUGUGUCAGAUGAUGCUUCAGCAGGGGGCCCAUCCCAGCGUUACCAAUUCUGUUAAUAGAACGGCUGCACAAAUGGCAGCAUUUGUUGGAAAUCAUCACUGCGUUUCAACAAUAAACAGCUUCGUGGAUUUUAAAGAUAUCGAGUAUUUCACAACUCCAUCUGCCCCAGAUAAGAAACCAAAGUUGGAUAUUGUUGUGGCACGUUCUUUACAUCGAUUAAUCAUGGAUGUGAACUUUCACCCAGUGAAAGUAGCCAUUACUGUGAGAAAGAACGCCGUUCUUGUAGAGCACAUUCCACAACUUUAUAAAGUUUUGGAGGAAAUGUCUGAACGUGAAAUGAAAAAGAGUGGCUCAGCCAGCGAGAUUGUAUCGUUUAAACUCCAUUUACUCUCCUUCAUACUGAAGACCCUUCAUAAAGACACAAAUGGGGAUGUCAAUAAAUUUGACGAUUUUAUCAAAUCUCUAAUUCGGCCCAAAACUGGCCAAUAUUUAUGUGAAGCUCUUGAGGUCCUUCUACGACGAGGUGUUAGGGACUUCCGUUUCAUAGAGACGACAAUUAUGCAACAACUCGUGACAAAUCUAACCCACACGAAGGUUUGUGAAGAUCCAGGGGCCUGGUCGAUAAUAUGCAGCGUUGUCAAUGGUCAGAAAGGUUUCCGAGAUAACGAUCCUUGCGCCACGUGUGGAGAGGAACGAGGCGCCAAAAAAUGCUCUCGGUGUCAUUAUGAUGCUUAUUGCGACCAAGAGUGUCAACGGCUCCAUUGGUUCGUCCACAAACGAUACUGCAAAGACAAGGCGCGUGAGUACAACGCCAAAAUGGUAGCAGCCGCACUCGAGCAACAGGCCGAAGGAACAAGUCAAGAACAAGCUUUACCAGUGGAUGAAAAAGAGAAGAAAACCCUUUAAGUAAAUAAAAAUGUAUCGCCCUUGUACUCUGUGAAGGUAAAGAGGAUUGUGUUGACUGAUAAACUCAAUCAAUGAUUCAAUAUUUUUAUUCCAUCAUACGAUGUCAAGGAUUUGUAAAAGGAUGGGAUUUUAAUGUCCUCCAAAAUUUUUUCAAUGUCUACCUACCCUACCUCGAUCACGAAUAAAGUAACUAAUUAAUUCCAGA